CUAACCAUCUAUAAUAUAUAUUUUCAUGUUUAAGUUGAGAGAAACAUUCGUGUAAUGCUCUAACCUUCAAAAUCUCUUACACAAAAAGUUGAGUAAUAAUUUCUUAUACUUUGAUUAACACCCGAUGAAAAGAUAAUUAUAAAAUAUGAAAUUGACCUCAUUGAAAAUAUAAAAUGAAUUUAUUUAUAAUAUCGACUGUAAGUUGUCUCUUAGAAUAUAUUUUUCCAUCAUUAAUCAGAUACAUUACAUCCCGUUUGUAUACCUUGAACAAACAUGACAUGGAAUUACGAAAUGAUUUGGUUCUUUUGAAGCAAGAAAUGACUGGAAUCUCUAUAGUAGAUGAAUUUUCAAAAUAUGCAAAACUUCAGCGUAAAUAUAAUAAAUUAGAGAGUACAUUAAAGGAAAAAGGGUUUAUUAAUGUUUACUCUAUUAUAUUUAUAUAGAAAUAAACCUGUAAUAAUUUUGCCAAAAGGUAUACUAUGGCCAAUACAAAAUUUAUUAAGUUGGCCCUGUUAUCAUGAAGAUUCAAUCUCUUUGAUCAUGUGGUUAAUAAUUGCAAGAUUAGUUGUGGCUACCUGUAAAAUAUAAUAUAAUAUUUUUUUGUAAUACUAUAGAGAUUCAAUUUUAUAAAUAGUAAAAUAAAAAUUUUUCAAUGCAUAAAUUACUAUUAAUGCAUUUUCUUUGCGUAAGCAUUCAUGGCAAACAAUCUAGCUCUUAAGCUGUCAAUAUACAGUUAGGAAUAACUUUAAAAAUAUACAUAUAGUUUUUACUUCUUCCUUAAUAUGCCACACAAACAGUUAUACAAUGUUUGCUACAUAUAUUAUAUCUGUCAAAAUAUUUAAAUAAAUAUUGUAUUUUUAAAUAUUUUGUUAAAUCAAUAUAAUAUUUAUUUAAAUAAGGAUAACAAUAAAUUUUACAAAAAUAAUAGCAAAAAAGUGACUGUAUUUCGUAAAAGCUUAAGUAAAGUACAUAAUAUGUAAUAAUGAAAUAUAUCUGUAUAUAACUAUUAAUAAGUAAUUCUUUGUUUUAACAAAAUUUCUUUAUAUAUGACAAUUGAUACAUCUAUAUUCCAUAUAAUGUAGCAACGUUUUAUUCAUAUGUAGAGUAUUUGUGAAACAUCUAUUUUAUAAAGCUUAAAAAAAGUGUUAAUUUUUGUUAUUAUUACCAUUGGUAAAGAUUUAUCAUUUAAUUCUCAAUAGUUUUAUGAUUUUAGGUUAGCUUUUGUGUGAUAUCAAUUUGCAUUUUUCUUAAUGAUUUUAUGACUAACACAUUGCGACAUAUAUGAUACCCAAGUAUUACAUAUAUAAAUUGUAGGGGAAGUUCUAUAAUGCAAAGACUGAAUUUCUUUCUUUUUUUUUUUUCCUUUUUU